CUGCAGCUCGCGACCAUGGAGAUAUAAACAGCUUUUUAUAAGGACCUUGUUGUGGUGGGCUCAGCCUGCCUGUGUUCUGACACUGAGCCUGGACAGCGAUCACUAGUGAAUUGAAGACCUCAGAUGUGUGAGGAUGUUUCGACUGCAGUGUGUGAACCCCUGCCUCAGAAGGCUGCUCCAUCUGGGUGCAGUAAACAGAGACCAGGUCCUGGAGAGACUGCAGAUUUGCUCCGUCGAAGACCAGGUGUUUGACGUGGUGAGCAAGAACAAAACCAAGCUGACUGUGGACCAUGUGACCUGUGCUGUCAGGAUGCUGUUCAAGUUUCAGAGAAAGAGACCUGAAAUGCUCAGGACCUUCAACCUCACCAAGAGUCACCCACAGUUCUUCGCACUCCAGGUUCUGGCAGAGAACAAAAUCACUCUAAUGGACGAUUUAACUUUGGUGGACAUGCUUAAUAUUUUCCGUAGGCUGAAAGUGGAACAACACGAGUCUGUGGUGCAGCAGAUUUUUUCAGAAGCAUGGCAGAGAAUAGACGGACUGCCAAUGUCGUCUCUAUCCAUGUUUGCUGUCUGUUUAACUUACCUGAAGCUUCAGAAAAGUCCUCUAAUGGGUCAAAUCACCAGCAUUUUGGAUCAGAAGUUGUCAACKAUCGAUGAAGCCAAGACGCUCACCUCUCUGAUGAUGAGCGUGUCGUACCUCGUGUCUCCCCGGCUGCGGGAUGCUCUGAUCGUCAGGGCCAAACAACUCCUGGGCACCAUAGGUACCUCGGACUGCACUAUCCCGCUGCGGGUGCUGAAUUUCAUGCACAACCAAAAGUACGUAGACUGGCCGCUGCUGGAGACGUGCAACGAGAUCUUCCUGCACAACAUCUCCAGUCUGAAUGCAGAGGCCAUCAGCAACAUCCUGGGUUUGUAUAGGUCCCUCCAGUUCACCAACUGCGACUUCAUGCUGGCAGCUAAAGAGAGGCUGAUUGAGCUGAUGCACACCAGCACCGACCCGUCCUCCUUCUCCAAGCUGUUUGUUUCUCUGGCUCCCAUUGCCAGCAUGGAGGUCAGAGAAAGAUUGGAGAGCAUGACCCUCUUGCUGGCAGAUGAGUUCAAUGCCCAACAAGCCAUGGUUAUAACAGAAGCACUGGGGGGAAUUCAAAGUAGAAACCUCAGUUUAUUGAACAAAAUUCUAUCAGUAAUUCAAAAGAACCUUCGUGUCUAUAAGUCRUCGGAGGUGGUCAGAAUCACUCAGGCCCUGAUGCUGUUGAAGUAUCAGAACUCAGAGCUCUUUGCAAUGUUAAGAAAAGUUUUGCUCAGCUUUUUGCAGAGCAGUUUCUACCCGUACGAGGUGUCCGUGCUGACCAAGUUUCUGUCCGUGCUGCCCUCUCCACGGCUCAAAGAAGGCAUGGUCUUGCAGCUAGACAAGGUGAUCGCGCAGAACAACCUCCGCUCGCUCACCACAAUCGCAUUUGCCAUUUUCAAAUAUAUCCGGAACGACCCCUCUUACCUCSACAACACCCCCAGCAAAUACAUCCRCCUGCUGCAGAGGAUGAGCCAGUGCGGCUGCAAGAGGCUGCAGACCGCUGACCAGCUGGACUUGGUGCUGGGCGAGCUGAAAUACGUCUCUGGGGAGUGGUUUGAGGACAUGCUGCUCGUGGACAGCAUCGCCACGCUCAGUCGGAUGAUCGAUCAGAUCAACUGGAACAACAUGCCGGAGCUGGCCGUCUUCCUCACCAGAAUUAACUACCUUCACCGUCCUCUGUUGGACAGAAUUGCCAGUGUGGCCAUGGAACACAUUGACAAGAUCCACUUUUCAGCAAUAUGUGACAUCCUGCUGCCUUUUUCUGUCAUGAACUACGAGCCGGCGCAGGCGGACGAGCUCUACAAUGCUUGUAUUAACCGUUUCAUGCCUCACAUGAGCUCCAUUGACCCACAUUUGCUGGUCCACCUGGCACAUGUCUUGGCAUUAGAUAGUCGUUUUCCUGAAGAGCUAGUUCGAGAAAUCUUCUGCAUUGAUUUUCUGGGGAAACUUAACUCCCAGCUGGAAUGCCUGUCCAAUGACAGUAACAAGCUGACGCGACAGCGACUCAUGGAACUCAAUCGGAUCCUGUGCCUCGAGUGUCCCGAGUUUCAGGUACCCUGGUUCCACAAGCAAUACUGCCAGCAGCUGACAAAGAAAGAGAACUUCACCGUCGGUCCUGUGAAAAAACAAAUCCACAAAAUGCUGGGGGAAAUUCUCGGUGGAAUUAACUUUGUUAAAGUAGCGGUUGUCACACCAUAUUAUUACACUGUAGACUUCGAAUGCGAACUGGACAAACACUUGCAGCCGCCACAUUACUCGGAGCCAAGCAGCCUGCAGAUCUCAAGCAAAGGAAAUGUUUUCAUGCCCAGGACACUGAAAGACAACCGAGACGACCUGCCACCAGGAGCUCAGCGCGUUGUUGUCGACUUUCUUGGUUCAAGGGACUCCUGCAAAAACUGUCAUCAUGUGAAAAGUAAUGCUUUAAUAAAAAAGAGACACCUUGAAAUUAUGGGGUAUCGUGUUGUUCAGAUUCCUCACUUUGAGUGGAGUUCCAUGGAGCUUUCAGCGUACGGUUCAAAGAAGGAUUAUCUCCAAAAGAAGAUACUUGGAUAGCUUUUCAGUAUAUUUGCAGGAUGGUGACAGAAAUGUUACAUUCACCACUCAAGGUUUCAGUACUCUGAUUAGAAUUAGGUUUUUAAUACAUAACAUGCUCAUUUUUAGAUAAAAAUGUAUAAUCUUUACUUGGAAUGAAUAUACCUCAUUCAUGUUAAGUUGUUUAAUGUGUACUUUUGUAUUAAAAAACUUAUUUAAAUAAAACAUUAAAGCUGGA